CGGACGCGUUCCUGUUCCACGUGCCGGUUGUUGGGGCUGAGUGAGCGGCUGCUGCGAAAUGGAUUUGAUCCCCACUAUCGGCGAUGAGGACCAGGUUCCGGAGGAGGAGGAAGAGACGGGGUCAGAGGGAGAGGAAUUGCCUAUCGUUUUGCUGAAGAAGAAGAAGUUAAAGAAGCGAUGUGUGGACUUCAGUGAAGACUUUUUCUUCACCGAGAAGGAUGGGGAAUAUGAUGAUGGUUGGGUGAUGGCAGAUGUCCUGAGUCAAUUGAAGAAAAAUAAAGCACCGACGACCCUAGAUGAAAAAAUAGACAAAAUUCGAAAGAAAAGAAAGAAAGAGGAGAAAUGUACAAAAGAAGCAAAGAGACCAAAGACUGAUUCCACUGAGGACACAGUACCUAAUGCAGACGUGGUAAAGCCAGAUGAGGAAGAAGUGGAUGACAUUGAGGAGGAUGAUGAAACAAAGGAAUCUGAUGGAGAACAAGAGAUUGAUGAUGAUGAUGAUGAAUCAAUAUCUGAAUUCUCCUCUGGAGAUGAGGAUGUUUUACAGAAAGCAGACACACUGAAAUUAAAGGGAAAGAAGAAAAUUCCUCAGAAUAAAUCAGGUGUGUUCUUUGAGGAUGCCCCAGAAGUUGAUGACAGCCUAACAUUUCAGGACAUGAAUCUCUCUCGACCGCUUUUAAAGGCGAUCACUACCAUGGGUUUCAAACAGCCAACUCCCAUUCAGAAAGCAUGUAUCCCUUUGGGUUUGCUGGGCAGAGACCUCUGUGCCUGUGCUGCCACUGGAACUGGUAAAACCGCUGCCUUCAUGCUGCCUGUGUUGGAACGUUUGAUCUACAAACCGCGGCAGGCUCCUAUUACUAGGGUGUUGGUUCUAGUUCCAACUCGUGAACUGGGCAUCCAGGUGCAUUCUGUCGCCAGAAAUUUGGCACAGUUCACAUCAACCACCAUCUGUCUUGCUGUAGGUGGAUUGGACGUAAAAACCCAAGAAGCAUCCCUGAGAGCAGGACCUGAUGUUCUCAUUGCCACCCCGGGCCGACUGAUCGAUCACCUUCAUAAUUGUCCAUCAUUUGACCUCAGUAGCAUUGAGGUCCUGAUCCUGGAUGAGGCUGACAGGAUGCUCGACGAAUACUUUGAGGAACAGAUGAAGGAGAUAAUUCGUCUCUGCUCCCACCAACGGCAGACGAUGCUGUUUUCUGCUACCAUGACUGAUGAGGUGAAAGAUCUGGCGUCAGUGUCACUGAAAAACCCAGUCCGAAUUUUUGUGAACAGUAACACAGAUGUAGCUCCGUUCCUCCGUCAGGAAUUCAUCCGAAUCCGUCCAAACCGAGAAGGAGACAGAGAGGCAAUUGUUUCAGCUCUUCUCACUCGCACAUUUCAGGACCAUGUUAUGCUGUUUACACAGACAAAAAAGCAAGCUCAUAGGAUGCACAUUCUGCUGGGACUGAUGGGGCUAAAGGUUGGCGAGCUCCAUGGUGAUCUUUCUCAAACCCAGAGGUUGGAGGCUCUCAGGCGCUUUAAGGAUGAACAAAUCGAUAUUCUUGUAGCCACUGACGUUGCUGCCCGAGGACUGGAUAUUGAAGGAGUCAAAACGGUGAUUAACUUCACAAUGCCCAACACCAUUAAGCACUACGUGCACAGGGUGGGCCGAACAGCCAGAGCUGGCCGCAGUGGGCGGUCUGUGUCCCUCGCUGGUGAGAUGGAAAGGAAAAUGUUAAAAGAAAUUGUGAAGAAAGCCAAGACUGAAGUGAAAGCUCGUGUCAUUCCACAAGAUGUGGUGAUGAAGUUCCGGCAGAAGAUUGAGAAACUGGAGAAGGAGAUCUAUGCUGUUCUACAGUUGGAAAAAGAGGAGAAAAUGAUGCAGCGAUCGGAGGCCCAGAUCAAUACUGCAAAAAACAAGCUGCAGAAGGACGAAGAAGAAACCAGGCCGGAGCGCAGCUGGUUCCAAACCAGAGAGGAACGGAAGAAAGAGAAAGUUUCAAAGGCUCUGCAGGAGUUUGACAUUGCACUAAGAGGCAAAAAGAAGAGGAAAGAGUACAUGGAAAAUCUGAGGAAGAAAGAAAUGACAGCUGAAGAGAGAACACAAUUUGAGAUUGUGAAAUCGCAGAUGUAUGCUGAGCGUGUCGCUAAGCGAAACCGAAGACCAAAGAGGGCACGAGUAAUGCCAGAGGAUGAGCAAAACCAAGCUGCAGGACAUCAAAUGAACAGAACGAAGAAAUUAAAGAAGUCUGUGUUUGAUGAAGAAUUGACAAAUACAAGUCGAAAAGCCCUUAAACAGUACCGAGCGGGGCCAUCAUUUGAAGACAGGAAGAGACUUGGAAUAUCACAGCGUAAGAAAGGGGGCACAUUUAAAUCAAAAUCGAGGUAUAAGAGAAGAUGAACCAAAUUAUAAAGCCAGCCACCGGAGAGUUUUCCAGAAGUGCCUUUCCAAGAAGUCUUUAUCACAUGUGACAUACUGUAUUUGAUAAUGAAAUUUAUUCAUACUUCACAUCAUAGGAGAAACGUGCGUGAGCUGACUUGAUCUGCAGUCUCCCACCCUCAGUGCCUAGAUGUCGAUUACUGUGCAUACUGUCUUUUUAGAAGAGCAGACAUUGCGUUGUAAUCAGAACAGUUGUCUCAGUUAUAAGUGUGGUAUUCUGUAGACAUCUGUUCAAGGGUUAAUUUUAUUGUCAAAGUAGACAUGUACAAUACAAUUGUGAUAUUCAACUUCAUUUACUUAAUCCUCACACACUACCUGGUCUUCAUCAUGCUCAGUGAGACAGGGAAUUCCUGCUGCAAACAUCAUAAAGUUGGAAUUGAAGUGGAAAAUACCACAGUGUUUUCUAUUUUCAAUCCAAAUGUUUCAGGAAUCUACAGACCAGUUUACAAAUCUUAAAAUGUCUGAACCUCCACUCUACACCCCUCCACAUUUAUAUCCAGUUAUCCUAUGGCAAUAUACAUUUGCAUUGCUAUUUAAAACAGAAUCAGACUUGAUCUUGGCUUGUAUCAGUGAACAAAUAUUGAUGUAAAAUAUCGGAACUUCAUUUCCAUAAAAGUUGUUAUUUUGUAUUAUAUAAACAGAUCUAACGUUAUUUACAAACUGCUAAGAUGAUUUUGGAAGGAAUGAAUUAGACUGAAAGCUUUUCUCAAAUGGAAAUCUUUUUGGACUAUAACUCCGUUUAUUUGUGUGAAAGAGAUUCUGAUUAUAAAGCCAUUUUCCUUGUGGCUACUAGACGUGUUCAUUUUGUUGAACCAACAUGACUCUUUCCAGAAGUAAAGAGUUUCACUUUGUAAAACUGUUAUAUUGUUUUAUGUAAAUGUUGUAUUUCAAUUGUAUUGGGAAAUUUGAGAGUAUAAGGAGCCAUUAGCUCAGAGAAUUGUAUUUGGGUUAUGAACGGUGGUAAACUGAAUCAACAUUGAAAUGGAUAAAAUCAAAUAGUAUUAGAAGUGAAUUUCUGCCCUCCAGUUCAACAAUCAACAUGCAAGGAUACACAUGUUGUAUCAAAAGGGAUGGUGUGGUGAAAUCCAAGCCUUAGAAAGAGGUGACAUAGGAACAGAAAAUGUAAAAACCUUGUGGGUCGAGUUAAGAAGCGGCAAUGGUAAAAAGACACUGAUGGGAGUUAUAUACAGGCCCCCAACAGUAGACAGCGUGCAGGUAGAUUGGGAAAAUUAGUUUGGUGCUGGAUCCCGAGAGAGAAUUUCUGGAAUGCCUACAAGAUGUCUUUAGACUGUAAGACCAUAAGGUAUAGAAACAGAAGUAGGCCAUUUAGCCCAUCUAGUCUGCUCUGCCUUUUCAUCAUAGUUGAUGCUUUUCCCUCUCAGAUCCAACCUGCUUUUCUCCCCCAUAACCUUUCAUGCCCUAACUACUCAAGAAUCUAUCAACCUCUGCCUUAAAUAAACAUAAAGACUUGCCCUCCACGGCCACCUGUGACACGAACUCGACAGAUUCACCACUCUCUGGCUAAAGAAAUUACUCUUCGUCUCCCUUCUAAAAGGAUGGGUCUCUAUUCUGAGGCCGUCUCUUCUGGUCUUAGGUUCCCCACCACAGGAAACAACCUCUCCACUUCCACUCAUCAAGGCCUAUGUUUGAUAGGUUUCUGAGAGAUUCCCCCCUCAUUCUUCCGAAUUCCAGUGCAUACAGGUCCAGAGCUGUCAAACACUCCUCAUACAAUAAGCCUUUCAAGCCCGGAAUCAUUUUCAUGAAACUCCUUUGAACCCUCUCCAACGUCAGCACAUCUUUUUUUAGAUAAGAGGCCUAGAAUUAUUCACAAUACUCCAAGUGAGGCCUCACCAGUGCCUUAUAAAGCCUCAUUAUUACAUCCUUUUUAUAUUCUAGUCCUCUCAAAAUGAAUGCUAACAUUGCACUUGCCUUCCUCACCACUGACUCAACCAGCCAAUGCUCGAUCCAUGCUAGUAUCUUUCCUGUAAUACCAUGGGCUUGUUAAGCAGCCUCUUGUGUGGCACCUAGUCAAAGGUCUCCUGAAAAUACAAGUAGACAACAACCAUCGAUUCUCCUUUGUCUAUCCUUUUUAGUCUUAAAAGAAUUCCAACAGAUUUAUCAGGCAAGAUUUUCCCUUAAGGAAACCACGCUGACUUCAGCCUAUUUUAUCAUGUGCCUCCAAGUACCCUGAAACCACAUCCUUAACAAUUAACACCAACAUCUUCCCAACCACUGAGGCCAGACUAACUGGUCUAUAAUUUCCUUUCUACUGGCUUGCUUCCUUGAAGAAUUUUCCAGUCCUUUUGAACCAUUUCAGAAUCUAUUGAUUCUGGAAAAAUCAUUACUAAUGCCUUCACAAUCUCUUCAACCACCUCUUUGAGAACCCUAGGGUGUAGACCAUCUGAUUCUGGUGACUGAUCUACCUUCAGACCUUUCAGUUUCCAAGUACCUUUUCCCUAGUAAUGGUAACUUCACUCACUUCUGACCUGACACAGUCAGAUUUCUGGCAUACGGCUAGCGUCUUCCACAGUGAAGAUUGAUGCAAAAUAUUCAGUUUGUCCACCAUUUCCUAGUCCCCCAUUACUACUCACCAGCACAAUUUUUCCAGUGGUCCAAUAUCUACUCUCGCCUCUUUUACACUUUAUAUAUCUGAAGAAACUUUUGGUAUCCUCUUUGAUAUUAUUGGAUAUCUUACCUUUGUAUUCCAUCUUUUCCUUCUUUAUGAAUUUUUUAGUUGCCUUCUGUUGCUUUUUAAAAACUUUCCACUAACUUUUGCUCUAUUAUAUGCUCUGUCUUGGGCUGUUAUGUUGGCUUUGAUUUUUUUGUCAGCCAUGGUUGCAUCAUCCUGCCUUUAGAAUACUUCUUUGGCAUGUAUCUAUCCUGUGCCUUCCAAAUUUCUCCCAGAAGCUCUAGCCAUUGCUGUUCUUCUGUCAUCCCUGCUAGUGUCCCCUUCCAAUCAGUUUUGGUCAGCCCCCAUAAUUCCCCUUUCUCCAAUGUAAUGUUGAUACGUUUAACUUUAGCUUCUCUUUAUAACUUGCAGGAUGAAUUCUAUCAUAUUAUGAUCUCUUUUCCCUAAGUGUUCCUUUAAGAUCUCUCAUCAAUUCUGGUUCAUUGCAAAAUAUCCAAUCUAGAAUAGCUGAUCCCCAGUUUGCUCCACCGUGAGCUGCUCUAAAAAUCCAUCUCAUAGACAUUCUACAAAUUACCUUCUUGGGAUGCAGCAGCAACCUAAUUUUCCUAAUCUACCUGCAUAUUGAAAUCCCCCAUGACUAUUGUAAUAUUGCCCUUUUGACAUGCAUUUUCUCUCUCCCGUUGUAAUUUGUAGCCCACAUCUUUGCUACUGUUCAGAGGUCUGUAUAUAGCUCCCACCAGUGUCUUUACCCUUUUAAGUUUAUCUACCCACGAUUCUACGUCGGCUCUUUCUAAUUUGAUUGAUUUUUUUUUAAACCAACACCACUGCCAAUCCUUUCGAUACAAUGUGUCUCCUUGGACUUUAAGUUCCCAGGUAUAAUCUUUCUUCAGCCAUGACACUGUGAUGCCCACAAUGUCAUACAUUCCAAUUUGUAACUGUUGCAAGUUCAUCUACCUUAUUCCGUGCAUUCAAAUAUAACACCUUCAGUCCUGUAUUUAUCACCCCUUUCGAUUUUGUCUCCCUUUUGCAUUGCAACUCGUUUCGUUGACUGCAAUUUUGCCCUAUCAUCUGCCUGUCUUUUCUAGUAGUCUCACUACACACUGCCUAUUUGUAAACCAACCAUCCCACCCUCAGCCCUAUCAUUCUGGUUCCCACCCCUUGCCAAAUUAGUUUCAACCCUCCCAAACAGCUCUCACAAACCUGCCCACAAGGAUAUUGGUCCCCUUCGAGUUCAGGUGUAACCAAUCUCUUUUGUAAAGGUUGUAUCUUCCCCAGAGGAGAUCCCAACAAUCCAGAAAUCUGAAACCCUGCCCCCUGCACCAGUUCUUCAGCCAUGCAUUCAUCUGCCAAAUCAUCGUAUUCUUACCCUCAUGGUGUGUCGCACUGGCAGCAUUGCUGAAAUUACUGCCCUGGAGGUCCUGCCACCUUGCUCCCAAAAAUGCCUCUUCAGGACAUUCUCACCUUUCUACCUAUGUCAUUGGUGUCAAUAUCUAUCAAGACUUCUGGCUGUUCACCCCUUUUAGAAUGCUGUGUAUCUGAUCUGAGACAUCCUUGACCCUGGCAGUGGACUAUUUGGGUGUCUCUAUCGCAUCUACAGAAUCUCGUUUCUAUUCCUCUAUAACUAUAGAAUUUCCUAUCAUUACUGCACUCCUCUUCAUUUCUCUUCUCUUCUGAGCCACAGUGCCAGAGACCCGGUCGCUGCAGCUCCCCCGGUAGGUGAUUCACCUCAACUGUAUUGAAAAUGGUAUACUUAUUAUUAAAGUAAACUCUGCACUGUGUCCAUUUCCCUUCCUUCUUCUGAGUUACCCAGUUACCUGCCGCCUUCAACUUAGUGGUGACUGCCUCCCUGUAGCUUCUGUCAGUUUCCCCAUAUAAGCCGAUGGUCAUCAAGCAACAGCUCCACUUCCUUAAUGUUCUCCAGCGAGCUGCAGCUCAGUGCAUCUGGGGUUAUCAGGGAGGCUGAAGGUCUCCCAGAAUUCCCCUAUCUUACACAAAGAACACAACACAACUCCUGGAGCCAUUCUCACUGCACUAACUGUGCCCCAACAAAUGAGGAAUGAAGAAUAAAGAAAUUUGCCAGAUACUCACCUUAUCCAAACCUGAUGAACCAAAGCCCCUCUUAACACUGGCCUGCUCACACAAAGGCCCCUGCCUAUUUUUAUUUGCCCUUUCCAAUGAAUCCCAUUUUCCAGAGCAGUUUGAGUCCACUAGGGAAAAGGCAAUAGUGGAUUGGGUGUUGUUUAAGAACCAGAUCUGAUUAGGGAGGUUAAGGUGAAGGAACCUUUAGGAGACAGUGAUCAUAUACGAUAGACUUCACUCUGAAAUUUGAGAGGGAGAAGCUGAAGUCAGAUGUAUCACAAUUACAGUGGAGUAAAGGGAAUUACAUAAGUAUGAGAAAGCAGCCGGCCAAAGUUGACUGGAAGGGGACACGAGGGGAUGAUUGUAGAACAGCAAUAGCUGGAAUUUCUGGUAGAAAUUCAGAAGGUGCAAGAUAGGUACAUCUCAAAGAGGAGGAAGUAUUCUAAAGGCAGGGUGACACCACAGUGUCUGACAAGGGAAGUCAAGGUCAACAUAAAAGCAAGAGAAGGCAUAUAAUAAGAGCAAAAAUUCGUGGGAAGUUAGGAUUGGGAAGCUUUUUAAAAACCAACAGAAGGCAACUGAAAAGCUGUAAGGAAGGAAAAGAUCAAAUAUGAAGGUAAGCUAGCAAUAAUAUCAGAAAGGAUAGCAAAGGUUUUUUUUCAGAUAUAUAAAGAGUAAAAGAGGUGAGAAUAGAUAUCGGAAUAUUGGAAAAUGAUGCUGGAGAGGCAGUAGUGGGAGACAAGAAAAUGGCAGAAGUAUUUUGUAUCAUCUUCACUGUGGAAGACACUAGCAGCAUGCCAGACAUUCGAGAGUGUCAUGGGGCAGAGGUGAGUGCAAUUGUAGAGAAGGUGCUUGGGAAGCUGGAAAGUCUGAAGGUAGGUAAGUCAGCUGAACCAGAUAGACUACACCAAAGGGUGCUGAAAAUGGUAGUGGAAGAGAUUGUUAGGUAUUAGGAAUGAUCUUUGAAGAAUCACAAGAUUCUGCCAUGGCUCUGGAGGACUGGAAAAUUGUAAAUGUCAUUCCACUCUUCAAGAAUGGAGGGAGGCAGAAGAAAGGAUACUAGAGGCCAGUUAGCCUGACCUCAGUGAUUGGGAAGAUGUUGGUUCAAGAUGAGUUCUCAGAGUACUUGGAGGGACAUGAUAAAAUAUGCUAGUCAGCAUGGUUUCCCUUAAGGGAAAAUCUAGAUUGAUAAAUCUUUUGGAAUUCUUUGAGGAAAUAACAAGGAGGCUAGACAAAGGAAUUGGUGGAUAUUGUGUACUUUGAUUUUCAGAGCUUUGACAAGGUGCUGCACAUGAGACUGCUUAAAAAGGCCAUGGUACUACAGGAAAAAGACAAGCAUAGAUGGAGGAUUGGCAGGAGGAGAAGAAUGGGAAUAAAAGGAGUCUUUUCUGGUUGGCUGCUGGUGAUUAGCGGUGUUCUGCAAGGGGCAACGUUGGGACUGCUUCCUUUUACAUUAUAUCUCAAAGAUUUAGAUGAUGAAAUUGAUGGUUUUGUGGCUAAGUUUGGAGAAUACAAAGAUGAGGGAAGGGCAGGUAACAUUGAGGAAGCAGGGAGACUCAAGACAGAUUUAGAUUAGGAAAAUGAGUAAAGAAGUGACACAAGGAAUAUAGUGUCAGGAAGUGUAUGGUCAUUCACUUCAGUAGAUAGAACAAUAGCAUAGACUAAUUUCUAAACAAGCAGAAAAUUCAAAAAUCAGAGGUGCAAAGGAACUUGGGAGUUCUUGUGCAGGAUUCCCUGAAGGUUAACUUAUAGCGUGAGUCAGUGGUAUGGAAGCCAAAUGCAAUGUCAGGAUUCAUUUUGAGAUAACUAGAAUAUAAAAGCAAGGAUGGAAUGCUGAGGCUUCUUAAGGCAUUGGCCAGACCGCACUUGGAGUACUGUGAGCAGUUUUGGGCCCUUUAUCUAAGAAAGGAUGUGCUGACAUUAGAGAGGGUCCAGAGGAGAUUAUGAGAAUGAUUCCAGAAAUGAAUGGGUAUGAGGAGUGUUUGAUGGCUCUGGGCCUGUACUUGCUGGAAUUUAUUGAAGAAUGCAGGGUGGGGGGGGGGGUGAGGGCAGAUAUCAGUGAAACCUAUCAAAUGUUGAAAGGCCUAGACAGAGUAGAUGUGGAGAGGAUAUUUCCUAUAGGGGGAGAGUCUAGGACCAAAGUUCAAAGUACAAUUUAUCAGAGUACAUACAUGUCACCACAUGCAACCCUGACAUUUCCUUUUUCUGUGGGCACACUUGGCUAAUCUACAGAACACCUUUUGUAAAUUGUAAACAUCAGGAACUGUAAAUUCUGCAAAUGCCAAUAAUGGAAUAACAUGCACCAAAUAACAACAGCAUCCCUAAAUAAGUGCAGUUAUCCCCUUUUGUUCGAGGGGUAGUAGCUGUUCUUGAACCUGGUGGUGCAAGAUCUUUGAUGAAUGCUGCUUUUCUACAGCAACGUUUCAUGUAGAUGUACUCAAUGGUUGGAAGGGUUUUACCUGUGAUGUACUGGGUCGAAUCUACUACCUUUUGUAGGAUUUUCCGCUGAACGGCAUUGGUCAGCACACUUUCCACCACACAUCUAUAGAAGUUUGCCAAGGGUUUUGAUGACAUGAUGAAUCUCAGCAGACUCCUGAAGAAGUGGUGCUGUUGUGCUUUCUUCGCAAUUAUAUAUUUACGAUUGUCCAGAACAGGUCCUCUGAGAUAGUGACACCCAGGAAUUUAAAGUUACUGACCCUCUCCACCCCUGAUGAUUACUGGCUCAUGGACUGCCGGUUUCUUUCCUGACGUCUACUAACAGUUCCCUGAGAGAAGUUGUUGUUUUUACACCACUCAGCCAAAUUUUCAAUCUCCCUCCUGUAUGCUGAUUCAUCACCACCUAUGAUGCAGCCCAUAACAGCGGCGUCAUCAGUAAAUUUGUAUAUGGUGUUGGAGCUCUACUUAGCCAGUCUUAGGUGUAAAGUAUGUAGAAAAGGGGGUUAAGUACACAUCCCUGUGGUGCUCCUGUGCUGAAGAUUGUGGAGAUGUUUUUGCCAAUCUGAACUGACUGGGGUCUACAAGUAAGGAAAUCCAGGAUCCAGUUGCACAAGUCGGUAGUGAGGCCCAGGUUUUGAAGUUUACUGCUUAGUUUUGAGGGGAUGAUGAUGUUAAAUACCGAGCUAUAAUCAAUAAAGAGCAUCCUGAUGUAUGCAACAUUGUGUCUAGAUGUUCCAGAGUUGUGUGAAGAACCAACGAUAUAGCAUCUGCUGUAGAUCUGUUGCUUCUGUAGACAAAUCGGAAUGAACCCAAAUAGCCACUCAGACAGGAGCUGAUAAAAACACCUCUUCAUUGUGGAUGUAAGUGCCGCUGGGCAAUAGUCAAUUAGACAAGUUGGCAUGCUAUUCUUGGACACCAGUACAAUUAAAGCCUGCUUGAAGUAGGUGGGUACCACACACCACUGGAGAGGUUGAAGAGAUCCUUGAAUACACCAGCCAUUUGGUCGGCACAAGUCUUCAGAACUCAGCCAGGUACUCUGUCCAGACCAGAUGCUUUCCUUGGAUUCACUCCCUUGAAGGUAGACCACACAUAAUCACUAGGAUACUGAAACCAAAGGAUCAUCAGGAGACAUAGGGGUGUGUGAUGGUUCUUCCCUGUUCUGGUGAUCAAAGCCAGCAUAGAAGGCAUUGAGAGCUUGUCCCGUGUCAUAAGAUUUAACUUUGUAGGAGGUUAUGACAUUCAUAAGCACCUCCCAUUGAUUUAAUUCUAGUCUGGAUUCUCCACUUUGCCUGAGAGAUGGCUUUCCGGAGAUCAUACCUACACCUCUCAUAGCAUCUCCAGACUUGAAUGCUCUCAGCAGAUUCCAGAUUUCAUUGUUCAUCCAGAGCUUCUGACUGGGGAAAACCUUGAAUGACUUUGUGGGGGCACACUCAUGCACAGCUAUUUUAAAUAAGUCUGCAAUGACCCUGGUGUAGUCAUUCAGGUCCUCAGAUAAGUUCCCCAACGUAGCCCAGUCCACUGACUCAAGGCAACAUUGUCCAGAGGGCACAUUUAGUAUGGAGAUGGGAGUAAUUUCUUUAGACAGAGGGUGGUGAAUGUGUGGAAUUCAUUGCCACUGACGACUGUGAAAGCCAAGUCAUUGUGUAUAUUUAAAACAGGGGUUGAUAGGUUCUUGAUUAAUCAGGGUAUCAAAGGUUUCGAUGGAGAAGGCAGGAGAAUAGGGUUGAAAGGGAUAAUAAUAAAUCAACCAUGAUGUAAUGGCUGAGCAAACUCAAUCGGGAAAAUUUGCCAAAUUCUGCUCUUAUCUCUUAUGGUCUCAUGGUGUUUUCUCAUCACCCCCUCUUAGGUGGGAUAUAUUCCAGUAUGACAAGAGUGUCCUUGUAUUGACCUAUAAAGUGCAUGAGUAAAGGAGAAUGCACAAGUUACUGGGAUACUGUAAAUAGGUACAAGGUUGUGCCCUCAUGACAGGAAUCAAAGUGCAGAACAGUGCAAGUAAAAUGGAACUCUUAAUUAAGACUGCAACAAAAAUAUGUUUAUGAUCAACACACAAGACAUUCAAUCCAAUCAGUCAAUGAUUUCAUUGAACUUGAACCUUCAUUGCUUCAAAUCUUCCAAACAAUUGUUCAUCUCAGUUUGGCAAAAGAAUAAAUCAAGGAAGGUAGUGCACCCGUGGUUGACAAGGGAAAUUGGGGUAGUAUCAAUUCCAAAGAAGAAGCAUACAAAUUAGCCAGAAAAAGUGGCUCGCCUGAGGACUGGGAGAAAUUCCAGCAGAGGAGGACAAAGGGCUUAAUUAGGAAGGGGAUAAAAGAUUAUGAGAGAAAACUGGCAGGGAACAUAAAAACGGACUGUAAAAAAGCUUUUAUAGAUAUGUGAAAGAAUUUUUUGAGGAUGUAACUAGUAGAGUGGAUAGGGGAGAACCAGUGGAUGUGGUAUAUUUGGAUUUUCAAAAGGCUUUUGACAAGGUCCCACACAGGAGAUUAGUGUGCAAACUUAAAGCACAUGGUAUUGGGGGUAAGGUAUUGAUGUGGGUAGAGAAUUGGUUGGCAGACAGGAAGCAAAGAGUGGGAGUAAACGGGGCCUUUUCAGAAUGGCAGGCAGUGACUAGUGGGGUACUGCAAGGCUCAGUGCUGGGACUCCAGUUGUUUACAAUAUAUAUUAAUGACUUAGAUGAGGGAAUUAAAUGCAGCAUCUCCAAGUUUGCGGAUGACACGAAGCUGGGCGGCAGUGUUAGUUGUGAGGAGGAUGCUAAGAGGAUGCAGGGUGACUUGGAUAGGUUAGGUGAGUGGGCAAAUUCAUGGCAGAUGCAAUUUAAUGUGGAUAAAUGUGAGGUUAUCCACUUUGGUGGCAAAAAUAGGAAAACAGAUUAUUAUCUGAAUGGUGGCUGAUUGGGAAAAGGGGAGGUGCAACAAGACCUGGGUGUCAUUAUACACCAGUCAUUGAAAGUGGGCAUGCAGGUACAGCAGGCGGUGAAAAAGGCGAAUGGUAUGCUGGCAUUCAUAGCAAGAGGAUUCGAGUACAGGAGCAGUGAGGUACUACUGCAGUUGUACAAGGCCUUGGUGAGACCACACCUGGAGUAUUGUGUGCAGUUUUGGUCCCCUAAUCUGAGGAAAGACAUCCUUGCCAUACAGUGAGUACAAAGAAGGUUCACCAGAUUGAUUCCUGGGAUGGCAGGACUUUCAUAUGACGAAAGACUGGAUCAACUAGGUUUAUACUCGUUGGAAUUUAGAAGAUUGAGGGGGGAUCUUAUUGAAACGUAUAAAAUCCUGAAGGGAUUGGACAGGCUAGAUGCAGGAAGAUUGUUCCCGAUGUUGGGGAAGUCCAGAACGAGGGGUCACAGUUUGAGGAUAAAGGGGAAGCCUUUUAGGACCGAGAUUAGGAAAAACUUCUUCACACAGAGAGUGGUGAAUCUGUGGAAUUCUCUGCCACAGGAAACAGUUGAGGCCAGUUCAUUGGCUAUAUUUAAGAGGGAGUUAGAUAUGGCCCUUGUGGCUAAAGGGAUCAGGGGGUAUGGAGGGAAGGCUGGUGCAGGGUUCUGAGUUGGAUGAUCAGCCAUGAUCAUGCAAGCUCAAAGGGCCGAAUGGCCUACUCCUGCACCUAUUUUCUAAGUUUCUAUGUUUUCUAUUUCAGUCAGGUGCACUAUCUGCUUUAACCACUUCAAAUGUAAACAUUCUCCAUUUAAAACCAGUAAGAUUGGAAAGGGAGGCUGAUAUUAAAAAUAUUUCCAGUGGAUCAGAAAAAGAAUUCUCUGAAAUUAGUUCAGCAAAAAAGCAGCAGCAAGGAACAUGAAAUAGCAGACUUGAUGAGAACUUUUAACAAAGGGAUUGUGGUCCAUGGCAUACUGAACCAAAACAAAUUUACAAGAGUACAGGGUUUAGGGUGCCUGUAUUUUCAUAAUUGAAGCUUGAUUUCAACUGAAAAGAAAUGAAAAUUUUAAAUAUUUGAACACCUAGGUUAUAACUGAAUUUCUGAGAUAAAUAAAAUGACCAUGCAAAUUAUGCUCUUGAAUGCAAAACUAGAAAUGAGAACUACAUUCACAUAAAGAAAUUUCUGGGUUCCUGUUCAGCAGUAAGCUGAAUAGAACCAAAGGAUGCUGAUAAACUUGCAGAUUUGUAU